AUGACACGACAGACAGAAUUUAAAAUUAGAGUUAUAUCUAGCAUCUACGAAAACAAGAAAUUUCCACCUCACAUCGCUCCAGCACACGGACACACGACACGUCUGCGCGUACUAUUACCGCCAGAUAUGAAAACAUUCCCUUCCAGCUUCUGCCCGAAGGAAGGCGCGAGGGAGCUCGCCGUACUCACCUGGGGCAGUCGGUCAGCGCGGGCCGCCGUCGACCGCCGAGAUCACAUGCAGCGCCACACAAACGAUGACCGCGCUGCACCGUGA